GCUUCGGGGCACCCUGAGCCCAGAAGGUGGCGUCGGUGCCCAGGACCCGCCGCGUCCACAGGCUCCCUUCUUUGGAUCACGUUGCGGUGGUGGUAGACCAAGGUUCCGGCUUCACUAAGGCAGGCUUCGCCGGGGAGCUCCAGCCGCGCAUUGUGCUGAAGAGCUCAAGUCUGAUGCCAAGUUGGGACCGGCCAGUGCUGCCUGGAGCACCGGGCUGCGAGCUGGCAGGCGGCGUGGCGCGUGCGCACCCUAUCAAGCACGGCGUGGUGGUGGACUGGGACGCACUGGAGGGACUGUGGGAGCGUCUAAUGGUAGGAGGCCUGCAGGUCCGCCCCGAGCAGUGGCCCGUGCUCGUGAGCGACUCGCCAUCAGCACCACCGGAGGGCCGAGAAAAGGUGGCCGAGCUGCUGUUCGAGGCCCUGACUGUGCCCGCGUGCCACAUGGCCAGCACGGCACUGCUGGCACUCUGCUCCACCGGAGCGUUCAGUGGGCUGGCUGUAGAGGCGGGAGCAGGCGUGUGCCACGCCACACCCGUCUACGCAGGUCACUCGUGGCACAAGGCCACCUUCCGUCUGAAUGUGGCAGGUAGCACCCUGUCGCGCUACUUUCGAGACCUGCUGGUGGCGGCGUGCCCUGAUCUUCAGCUGCAGGCUCUGCCCCGCAAGACCGUUACACAGCUCAAGAAGCGCUGCUGCUAUGUGUCCCUAGAUUUCCAGGGUGAUAUCUGUGACCCUGCCCGCCACCAGAGGGCCUGCUUUUGCCUGAGGGAUGGCUGCUACGUGUACCUCGGCAGCGAGCGCUUCCGCUGCCCUGAACCCCUCUUCCAGCCAAGUCUCCUAGGCCACCCUGAGCCAGGACUGCCCACAUUGGCCUUCCAGGCACUGCAGAAGAUUCCCUCAACACUGCGGACACGCCUGGCCAGUACGGUGGUGCUGGCUGGUGGUUCCACCCUUUUCCCGGGCUUUGUGGAGCGCAUGAAGCUGGAGCUAGAGGCACAGUGCCGGAGGCAUGGGUACCCGGCCCUGCAGCCCUGUCUGGUGGCUCAGCCUGGGCGGGGCACAGCUGUGUGGACUGGAGGUUCCAUGAUGGCCUCCCUGAACUCUUUUCAGUGCCGUUGGAUGACUCGGGCCAUGUACGAGGAGUAUGGCCCUUUUCUGGUGCGAGAAGUGUUCGAUUGAGUUUUAUAUGGACGCAGAAUGACUGGUGACACCAGGGGCACUGCAGGAACAGAGGAGGCAACUCUGGCCUAGCGUGGAGAACCAGAUAAACAGAUUGAAGUGUUUGUAGCUGGCAGGGUUAUAUGUGCGUGGACUACCCUUUUCCCUUUCUGGGCUAACCCUGACCCUCAUUUUGCUUUCAUUUGAAA